AUCAUUAGCGAAAGGAUUGCUUGGUACACGAAAAUGGCAAAAACCUCUCUCAUGAUCAUAACUGGUCUUUUGGGAUCUCUUCUCAGUGCCGAAUGUACAGUUUUUAUCAAAAAUGAACAAGCAAGCUCAAUUUUGCGCAGGCAAAAGAGAUAUAAUUCAAAUAGACUGGAAGAGUUUGUUCCAGGGAACCUCGAGAGAGAAUGCAAGGAAGAAAAAUGCAAUUUUGAAGAAGCGCGAGAAGUCUUUGAAAACACGGAAAAAACAAUGGAGUUUUGGAAAGGGUAUAUUGAUGGAGACCAGUGUAAUCCAAAUCCAUGUAAAAAUGGAGCCCAUUGCGCAGAUGACAUCGGUUCCUACGUGUGUUGGUGUCCGGCAGGGUAUGAAGGAAGGAACUGUGAGCUAGAUUCAACCUGUGCUACUAAGAAUGGAGGAUGCAAGCAUUUUUGCAACAAUGAUCCACCCCAUAAAGUUGUUUGCUCCUGUGCACCUGGCUAUAAACUGAAUGGAGAUGGAAGAUCCUGUGACCCUGCAGUGCCGUUUCCAUGUGGGAGGAUUACAGCUCCCGAAGCCAAAAGCAAGUACACCCGGGCCAUGAAUACCUUUGACAAGUGGAACUACAAUUCUACCGAUGAUCAUGACGAAGCAACAGACAAUACCACUCAAAUCACACCCAUCAUUAAGCCAGUUACACGAGUUGUUGGUGGAAUGGAAAGCAGGAAAGGUGAAGUUCCUUGGCAGGUUCAUUUACAGAAUAGUAAUGGAGUAGGAUUCUGCGGGGGGUCUAUUGUCAAUGAAAAAUGGAUCGUAACAGCAGCGCACUGCAUUGUGCCUGGCGCACAGAUUACUGUUGUGGCAGGUGAACACAACACGGAAGUCAGUGAUGGUACCGAGCAAUAUCGCCAAGUGGUGAAAAUCCUUCCACAUCACACCUAUAAUGCCAGCCAAAACAAGCACGAGAAUGACAUAGCACUGCUAGAGCUUGGGACCCCGCUGGAGUUCAACAGCUACGUCACCCCCAUUUGCAUCGCCAGCAGAGAAUUCACCAACAGCCUCCUCAAGUACGGAACUGGCACCGUGAGUGGCUGGGGAAGCCAGCUGUUCCGGGGAAGGGUGGCCACAGUCCUACAGGUUCUGAAAGUCCCAUUUGUUGACCGUGCAACGUGCAUGAAAAGCAGCACGUUUUCUAUCUUACAUAAUAUGUUCUGUGCCGGUUACCAUUCAGAGGCUAAAGAUACGUGUGAAGGGGACAGCGGGGGCCCUCAUACUUCAGAAAUAGAAGGUACCUGGUUUCUAACUGGAAUAACCAGCUGGGGGGAAGAGUGCGCACUGAAGGGCAAAUAUGGUAUCUACACCAGAGUAUCAAAGUACACCAAGUGGAUAAAAGAUAAAACAAGUGGUUAAUCAACAGAGCUAAACCUUUCUAUUGCUUUUCUGUGCAUUGCC